CUGAAAAUCCUCUUACUCCUCAACAGCAUCAUCACUUCAAAAUUACUGAUAUUCUUUGUGUUUUUUAAGGAACAAUGAACAGGCCCGGAGAUUGGAACUGCAGAUCAUGCCAACAUUUUAACUUCCAGAGAAGAGACUCUUGCCAACGAUGUGGUGAACCAAGAGCCGGUGACUAUGGACUUAGUUUCGCCGGUAGAGGCGGCAAUUCUUCAUUUGGGUUUACGGGCCCCGAUGUACGGCCUGGUGACUGGUACUGCGCAAUGGGGAACUGUGGAGCACACAACUUCGCCAGCCGCUCGAGCUGCUUCAAGUGCGGUGCACUUAAGGAUCAUGAAUCCUCCAGUGGUGGAGGCGGCAGCUUUGAGGCUGAGACGUCGCUUCCUAGAGGAUUUGGAUUUGGCGGCGGCAGUGGUGGCGGCCAUUCUGGAUGGAAAUCUGGUGACUGGAUUUGCCCCAGGUCAGGAUGCAAUGAACACAACUUCGCCAGCAGGAUGGAAUGCUUCAGGUGCAAUGCACCAAGGGGAGACAAGUAGAAAGAAUUCAUAUCAAGAGAGAAUCAAGAUACAAGGAUCCAAAAUGAUAUUCAAGCCAACGAAUUUACUCCAUUUUUUUCUUUGAUUUCCCUCCUCUAGUUAAUUAUCUACUUCACCUUCUUUUUUUGGGUAAUAUAUUUAUGUGAGUUUUUGAUGAAUUAAGCAUAGUUCAAUCUUUAUUUUGUGAACUUUUUCGUUAAUAUUAAUGAGAUAUAUAACCAUUGUAUU